CCACAACAAACAUGGCGGCUGCCGGGUAACAGAUGCACGGAUUGGAAAUACUUUUUCUCUACCCGUGUCAGGUGCCUGCAGAUUGUUAUCUAAGAACCCAAAAUGUUUGGAGAUCUGUUUGAAGAAGAAGAGGACUUCUCAUUCCUUUUAAACAGCCCGGAUGGAAAAGGUAGAAAAAUAAUAUCCAAAGAUGCAGAGAUACCAGAACCGCGUGGAUCUACGAGACUGAGUGGCCUCAAGAACCAGGGAGGCACCUGUUACCUAAACUCUCUACUGCAGACCCUGCUCUUCACUCCAGAAUUCCGAGAAGCCCUGUUUUCUUUAGGGCCCAAGGACCUCGGAUCUUUGGAAGAGAAAGAUGAUCCGGACUCUAAGGUGCGGAUCAUUCCCCUGCAGUUACAGCGACUGUUUGCGCAGCUCCUGCUGCUGGAUCAGCAAGCUGCAUCCACUACUGAGCUCACGAGUAGUUUUGGCUGGAACAGCAAUGAGGAGACUGGCCAACAUGAUGUGCAGGAGCUAAACCGAAUCUUAUUCAGCGCCUUGGAGAGUUCCCUGGAGGGCACGUCUGGUCACAACCUCAUACAGGACUUGUAUCACGGCACUGCGGUUAAUCGAAUUAAAUGCCAUGAAUGUGGCUACGUUAGUGAGCGGCAGGAGGAUUUCCUUGAUUUAACUGUGGCUGUGAGGAACAUGUGCAGCUUGGAGGAGUCGUUGUGUAACAUGUAUGUAGAGGAGGAAAUAUUCGAGGGAGACAACUUGUAUCGAUGUGGAGCUUGCACUAAACUUGUUCCAGCUGCUAAGUCUACUAAAUUGAGGAAGCUACCACCCUUUCUCACAGUGUCUCUGCUUAGAUUUAACUUUGAUUUCACAAAGUGCGAGCGGUAUAAGGAGACGUCGCGUUACACCUUCCCAACGCGUCUCAAUAUCCGGCCCUUUUGUGAGCAGCAACAACUGGAGGACCUUGCAUAUGCAUAUGAGCUCUUUUCUGUUAUCAUUCACAAAGGCGGUUGCUAUGGGGGUCACUAUCAUGUCUACAUCUGGGAUGUCGAUGAGUUGGGAAACUGGGACUGUCAGGAGAAGGUUAAAAAAUCAGUAGCACAGGAUGAUGUGGAUGACCAUGAAUCGCCUGCAGUGAUUCUUGCUUCUGUCAUAGCAGAGGCUGGGGCCAAUAAAAUGGUUUCGAUUGAUCAGCUGGGGCAAAAACUAUUAGAACACACAGGAACAUCCUGGAACAAAAUGUAUCGGAAACAACAUGGAGGCAUCCGCAAGUUCCUGCAGAGCCACCCGCACAUCUUCCACUUAACCUCAGAUGGUUCCUCGGUAGGAUUGGCGCAAUCUGACAAACGAGCUACUGAUGUCCUUGUCUUCGAUCAGAACACUACAGAGAAUCUGCAUACACCGGAGAGAAGUGUCAGCCACUGGUUUGACUUUAACGACUCAUCUGUGCAGCCUAUCCUCGAGAAGGAUAUUGAGAAGCAGUUCCAGGGCAAAGAAAGUGCAUACAUGCUAUUUUAUCGCAAAAGCCAUCUGCAAAGGCCAAAGGAAGCUAUUGGCAACGCUUGGUUCGGAGUACCAGAUUAUCUGCGUCAAGAGAUGGAUCAUGCAAACAAGGAGCUCCAGCAAAAGAGGGUAGAAUCUGACACUGAGAUUAACCGUUUGGAACUGCACCUCCAUCUCUCAUCUUGUUAUCGCUUUGACAAUGGUGCUCUGCAUCCAACUGUUUCCCGCAAUGACAGCAUCCUGGAAAUCACGGUGGACCGCCGUGGCACUGUAGGCGACAUGAAACAAACUAUCUUUAAGCUGAUAGAUAAAUCAUUGGAAGGGCAAGUACUGAGCAUUGCGAAGACUCUCCCUGCAGGUCUUCAUCUCUUCCACAAUUUAAAUGAUGACAAAAUUAACCUAAUCAGCACAGGAAUCAAGGACCGAGAGGACAUCUUUGUGUGGGAUGGCAAGAAGGUUGGUGGUGUGCUUGUGCAGACUGGGGCAGACUGUGCUCCUCUCCUUCUCACCAUUUUGCAGCAGACCCCAAACAAUGGCCCCGCUUACAGAGAAAGUCAGUUUGUCUUCCCAGCCAACUCCCGGCUGUGUGAUGUACAAGAGAAGCUAACUGGCGUUUCCACCCAGGAGCCAUUACUGUGCUUAAAAUCCACUGAAAGCAGUGGUGGGUGGAGCGUCUGUACCCUUAAGGAUAUGAACAAGACGUUGAAGAUGCUUGGAGUUAAAGAUGGGAGCUGUCUCCUUCUGUUGAAUGCUCAUAAAGCAGGGGAAAUCAUUUUUGCUUCUGAAAACGGUUUAAAUCCAAACUUUCUCCAAGUGCAGGAUUGGUGCAGGCCACAAGACAAGCAGGAGACCGUGCAAAUCUCUGUAACUCCCAAUACUAUUGUGUCCAAUAUCCGCAUCAAGGCUGUUGAGAAGCUGCAGUUACAACAGUUUGAGGAUGAUGCAUGCUUGCGGCCUCUGCACAAGAAUGGGAAAUUGCUUCCACCAGUGCCGGAGAAUAUAACUGUGCAGGAGGCAGAGAUUAAAACGGGUAACGUUCUGGCACUGUGCAGAGGGAGAUCUCCUCAGAUCUCAGAGCUCUUCCUUUAUUUUAUCCCUGGGACUGAUCUGGAGAAUGGACAGGAACAAGACAUUAUUCUAGAGGAGACGCUAACCGUUAAGGAGAGUCUAGAACUGAUGUUACAGAAAGCUGAUUUACCAGCUGAGACUGGUUGGCACCUGCGGAAAAUGGAUUGGUGUUAUGAAGCAGGGGACGCUAUUACUGAUGAGGAGUCUACACUUAAAGAGCUAAAUAUCCGCUCAGGAGACAUUUUUGUGAUCACAGAAGGGAGACUUCCACCCAAGGGAUUCCUAAAGCUGCCAGUCUGGCUUUACUGCCCCCAUGGACAGCAGGAUGACAUCAAUCAGAUCGCCUCUCACCUUGCAGCUCUGCAUGUAUUGCCCUGUGGAGAGGAUGCCCUGAAAGAUGGCCCGGACUCUAACUUCUGCUUUGUGGGCCACAUUGAAUUAUCUGGAGAAAAUUCUCUGCAGGAUCUAAAAAUACAGAUUAUGACCUUGCCAUUUCUUGAGGCUUUGGGGAUUCCAUCUCCUGAAUUCCUUCGGAUCUGGACUUUGGAGAAUAAGCAUUUGGGAAAAAUCCUGCGUUCUCCUAACUUACAGAUCAGUGAUUACAACCUGGGAAUCCGGACCGUACUCUGCGUAGAAACUCUUCAGAGUGAGGAGCGUUUGGGCCCCCAAGAUCUGUUACUGAGAGUCCAGCUGGCUGUCCCUGGGGAAUGUCGCUACUUUCCCCCCGUGGAUAUUGUGUGGGACGUUUCCCACGGCUGCACAGGCCAUGCCCUGCGCCAGAGAAUUGCAAACCAUUGCUCGCUGCCCGUCGAUAAGGUGGAGAUAGCGAAGCACUUUCCAGACAAACACGAAUGGCUCCAAAUAUCCAGCUGGACCCAGCAAGUCUCUAAAAAGAGGAAAAAGAAGAAAGCUGAGAACCUGCAGGGGGCGCCCUAUCACUUAAAGGAUGGGGACACUAUUGGGGUGAAGAACCUUUUUCUGGAUAACCGGACAGACUUCGCUUCAGAAGAUGACUACAUUGCAAAGGAGAAGCGUAGACAGGACAUAAAUGGAAAGUUGAACAGUGAUCAAAAUGAACACCUGAAUAACGAAAAAAAUGUCUGCAAAGAAAAAGAUCGUCCAAGGCCCCGGAAGACGGAGUCCGCACUUUCCAUCCGGGUUGGGGUAUUCCGGUAGCACGAGGACAAGGAACACUAAGCAGACUUAAAUAAAUAAAUAAAUAUUAUUAUAUCUAACUCA